UUUUUUUUUUAUUAUUAUUAUUAUUUUUUAUUCACUUUGUCAUGACUGGUCCAACUCUUAAAGGCAAAACUGCUGUGUUAACAGGUGCUGCUCGUGGUAUUGGAAAGGCUGUUGCUGAUGCCCUCAUUGAAAAAGGGGCUAAUGUCGUUAUUGGAGAUCUUCUGGAUAGUCAAGGUGAAGCUUUGGUUGCCUCUUACAAUACUGAUGGUAAACGCGCAGCUUACAUUCAUGCUGAUGUUACCAAGUACAAGGAAAUUGUCGCUCUGUUCCAGUUGGCCGAAAAGGAAUUUGGUGGUGUAGAUAUAGCCAUCCUAAAUGCUGGUAUUGCUUCCAAUUCAAACAACUUAUUCACUGAUUUGAAUGAUCUUCAAGAUGAAAGGAUGAUAGAUGUCAAUGUUACAUCGGUGAUCAAAUGUACCAAGGUAGCAACCCUCCAUUUAGCGCGUCGAGGUGGUGGUGUGAUUGUAUCAACUGCAUCGGUAGCUGGCUUCCAUAGCGGUGGAAUCUCUCUCGCACCUUAUACGGCAAGUAAACAUGCUGUCGUUGGUUAUACCCGUGCUUUCGAUAUUUUACCUUCUAUUUGUAAUGUGAGGGUAAAUGCUGUAUGUCCCUAUUGGGUCGAGACUGAUCUGAUUACAUCCUUACAUCCUGAUGAUGAUUCCACUACUGCUACUCCUUUUGAAAAACUUGUGAUAAAUUCAGCAAGAACCAAGAUUGAAACUGUUGUAGAAGCUUUUAUGACCUUGAUUGAAGAUGAAAGUCGUAUAGGUAAAUUAAUUUUGGAUUAUUAUGAAAAAAAAAAAAGAGAAUUUAGAAAAGUUGAUUUGUAUUUUGUAUAGGACAAACCAUCAUGGCAUUACCCAAUGGGUUGGAAGUUGUAAGUCGACCUGCUCUUCAACCUUCUAUUUCUGUGGAUUCUGUACAUGUUAAAGAAUAUAUCAAAUCGGAUAUUGAGUACCAAAAGAAAUUGUUAGCUGCUGCACUGGAACGUUAUGAAUCUGUAUAGUCUUUAGUUGUAUAACUAGGUGAUAUUGCAAUAAAUGAUUUUGUUUGAUUUUUUUACCACAUCAUUUUGUAAUAAAUUCUCUUUGGAGCCAAAAUUCAUCAUCAUCAUACAUUAUUACAUAUAGUACCAUUCCAAAUCAUCAUUACCUUCAUCAUCAUCAUUAUCACCAGUCAUCAUUAAGAAUAGUUUAACUAAACAUUGUAACAUAAAAUUUAUUGACAAAUAAGAAAACAGUAGAG